UGUAUCGCUUCGCUGUCGUCUUUUGUUGUGGACGUGGCGGAGCGGAGGGGUGUAUGUUGCGCUUUGCCAUUGUCUUUUGUUGUGGAUGUGGCGGAGUGGAGGCAUGGUCAAGACUCAAGGGACAGGUGAACGGGCUGGCCAGUCCAGCAGAUUGGCGUGUGGGGUGUGGAAGGAUACUUGUGACGCUGGAGUGGAUUGGAGGGCGUGUUGUGCAUCUGUGCCGCUACUAUUCGGGUUUGCUGGAAGCGGUAGAUGGUUGGAUACGUGAUGGGGUGUUUAUGCUGUGGGGACGCUGUGUAUAUUUACCUUGUUUGGGAUCUUCUCUCCGGGACAUCUGUGUCGUCAAUACUGUUGAAUCUUUGCCCAAUAAACGGACUGAUGCAACAGCGCUUUUGAUGCCCUGGAGAUGCACUUCCGCGGUCAACUAA